CACAAUGUUGGCUAAAUGGUGACGGUUUGCAUUGGAUACCUUGUUGCCAUGGUAACUGUACACAAUGCCGACUAUCAUCGGAAGACGGUUCACUUUUGCUUCUAGUUCGUAGUCUUUUUGGUGCCAACAUCUUCGCAACUUAAAACGUUAAGGUUCUUCAAUUUAAUUCAACUGAAAAAAACUUUAUUUGUCUCCCCAGUUGAAGGCACACAGAACAGCUAGUAACCAAUAUACUGGAACAACUGAGAUAAUGCACAAAAAAAGCAGACUUAAUCACCAUACUUUCUUGUGAGAAGCAUAUAACACUGAGCUGCAGUAGCUCACCAAAAGGUCAAAGUUGAAAAUCAACGAGGAAUUCACUUUUGGGAAGACUGCAUCUCAAGCUAAAAAAAAAAUGGAGCUGACAGGAAGCAGUUACAAGGGGCCGACGCUAAAUAGCAGGAUGGAAGGAGAAGGGGAGUACACCUUCCCCUCAGAGACCAAGUAUGUCGGGCAGAUGAAAGACGGGAUGUUCCACGGGAGGGGGGUGCUCCAUUUUCUGAAUGGAAGCAAAUACGAGGCCACCUGGGAAAAUGGCAUCGCUACACAGGGAUCCUUCACCUUUGCAGACGGUUUGCUGUACCAGGAGAAGGACUGGGAUUACUGCAUCGGCCGGGACAGGCGCUUCUACACGGAGAGAUGCCACGGACUCAGACCCGCAGGUGAAUCCCAGCUCACCGACCUCCAUCCUCCACGCGUGGUUCCUGACGACUGCUAUGACUGCGGUGACGGUUUCUACGACCCCGCCACGAGAAGCGUGACCUCCUACGACGGGACUUUCCUCAGAACGGCAGACGACUCGGAGGCCGAGUGGAUCGUGCGUUGCUGUCGGAGGGCCGAGACGCCGAUUCCGGAAGAAGUGUACGGCGCCAUGGAGGAGUCACCUGAGACUUCCUCCACUUAGAGUGACCUUCAUCAUGAAUUGCCGCUCUGAAGACGACCUAUUUAUUGUUGACGUAUUCACAGAGCUGGCCAUGCCGCCCUCCAUUUCUGUUGUUAGUUUACAUGUGUUGCGUUCACUGGGGCUCGGUUUUUGACAUUUUCAAUUGGAAAAGGCGAAAAGGAAAAGAAUCUUAAGAAGCGACCCCGGCACGCGCAUAGCCUGAUAGAAUUGCUCCCAUUCUCUUGCCACGCUUCUUGUUGCUAGGCAGAAUUCACAGUAAUGUAAACAAUGCUAACUAAUGUAAACAAGCUGGUAAAAAAUGUAGUCAUCCCUUCUUUAUGGUAGCUCAUUGCUUCCAGACACCUUCAUUAGAAACUUAUAUCGUAUAAUAUGUUGGUUACUAUCUUCUAAAUACACUUGUUCAGCAACACUAGAGCCCUCAAGACAUCAAAUAACACCCCUAUAAUCACAUUUAUUUAAGUUUUACGAGAAAAUAAGGCAGAAUGUUAAGAGAAUAAUGUCGUAAAUUCCAAUAAUAAAAGUCAAUAACAGGAUAAUACGAGAAUAAAGUUGGCAAUUUACAAGAAUAAUGUUGAAAAUUCCCUAGAAAAUAAGUUGUACUAUAACAAUAACAAAGUCGUAAAUUUAUGAAAAAAUAAUAAUUAUGAUAAUAAAGCCUUAAAUUUGCAACAAAAUAUAUGAUAUUAUUAUUAUUAUUAUGAGAAUAAAGUCCUAAUUUUACAAGAAAAAAUUUUGUAAUAUUACAAUAAUAAAAUGUGUACAUUUUUACAAAUAAUUGUAAAAUUACAAUGACUGCUGGGAUAGGCUCCAGCACCCCCGCGACCCUUGUGAGGAAAAAGCGGUAGAAAAUGAAUGAAUGAAUUAAAUAAUAAUUACGAUAAUAAAGCCUUAAAUUUGCAACAAAAUAUAUGAUAUUAUUAUUAUUAUUAUUAUUAUUAUUAUGAGAAUAAAGUCCUAAUUUUACAAGAAAAAUUUUUGUAAUAUUACAAUAAUAAAAUGUGUACAUUUUUAAAAAUAAUUGUAAAAUUACAAUGACAGCUGGGAUAGGCUCCAGCACCCCCCACAACCCCCCACGACAAAAGGAAUUGAACUUGAAAAUGUUGAAUAUAUUCAUUUUCAUGGCAUAUUUUCCCAACUGAAAUGAUAA